AAUGUUACAAAACCCUUAACACUGAAAGGCCAGUCGGUAAUUGCGAAAUCCAAUAUUAAAAUCGGAAGCGUCCACAAGACGCCGUCUAAAAGGCUGAGAGAUUCAACCAAAAUUCCUUCAGGCGAUUCUAACCUCUCUCUUUCUGCCAAACACGUUCGUAUAUAAGUUACAGAGUCUGAGUGUAUUUUUACUUCAGAGUGCAGCUAGAGAAAGAACGCAAUGGCGACCCCUCCAAAGCCAUGGAAGGCGGAAUACGCGAAGUCAGCACGAUCCUCAUGCAAGACCUGCAAGAAACCUAUCGAUAAAGAGAAUCUCAGACUGGGCAAAAUGGUCCAAGCCACUCAAUUCGACGGUUUCAUGCCUAUGUGGAACCAUGCUAGCUGCAUACUGAAGAAAGCAAACCAGAUAAAGUCCAUCAAUGAUGUUGAAGGCAUAGAAUCGCUCCGGUGGGAAGAUCAGCAAAAUAUUAGAAAAUAUGUUGAGGCUGGUGUUUCAUCAAAUGCAAAAGCUGUCACUGCUAUGGAGUAUGGUAUUGAAGUUUCACAAACUUCUCGUGCUACUUGCAAGCUCUGCAGCCAGAAGAUUAUGAAAGGCCAGGUUCGUAUUUCUUCAAAGCCUGAUGAACCACGGGCUAAGGGAUUGGCUUGGCAUCAUGCAAAAUGUUUCAUGGAUUUGAACCCAUCUAUCCUAGUGGAGAAGUUGUCUGGAUGGGAAAGUCUCCCACCUUCUGAUCAGACAACAGUGCAUGCGCUGGCUAAGGAGGUUCCUUCUGCUGUAAAAAGUGGCAUCAUUGAUGGAAGAGAGGAUAAAGAACUGCAACAAUCAACUUCUAGAGUUGGUGCAAAACGUAGAAAAGAUGGCGGUGAUCAAAAUCCAAAGUUUGCUAGGGUUGAUGGAGAUGUGUCAACUAGCAAAGUCACAUCUGCAAAGAAUGAUAAUGAAUUGGAAAGCAAACUGGAGGCUCAAUCUAAAGAACUGUGGGCUUUAAAGGAUGAUCUCAAAAAGAAUGUCACAAUGGUAGAGUUGCGACAAAUGCUUGAAGUUAAUGGUCAAGAUUCUUCUGGAUCAGAACUUGAUUUACGGGACCGAUGUGCUGAUGGCAUGAUGUUUGGAGCACUUGGUCUUUGCCCUAUAUGUCAUGGUUUUCUUCGUUAUUCUGGAGGAACAUACCGUUGCAAUGGAUUCUUGUCAGAAUGGAGCAAAUGUUCAUACUCCACUCGUGAACCAGAGCGCCUCAAAGGAAAGUGGAAAGUCCCAGAAGACACGAAAAAUGAAUAUCUUAGCAGGUGGUUUAAAUCACAGAAAAGUAAAAAACCUGUUAGGUUACUGCCUCCCCCAUCAUCUGAUAACACAUCUGGAAGUCCAACGGCCAAUAGUCAAUCUUCAUCUUUAAAAAGUGAAAAUUUGAGGGAUCUGAAAGUUUCUAUUUCUGGAUUACCCAAGGAAUCUGUGGAAGAAUGGAAGAGCAAAAUUGAGGGAGUAGGUGGACAGGUUCAUGGCAAGAUAAAGAAAGAUACAAAUUGCUUUGUGUGUGGAGUACUGGAUCGUGAAGAUGCUGAGAUGAGGAAGGCAAGGAGAAUGAAAUUGCCAAUAGUCAGGGAGGAUUACCUGGUUGACUGUUUUAAAAAACAAAAAAGACUUCCUUUUGAUCUGUACAAAGUUGAAGCUGUAGGUGGAUCCUCUAGCAUGGUAACAGUCAAAGUGAAAGGGCAAAGUGCAGUGCAUGAAGCUUCUGGUUUGCAAGAAACAGGUCAUAUUCUUGAGGAUGGGAAGAGCAUCUAUAACACAACUUUGAACAUGUCCGACUUAUCAACUGGUGUUAACAGCUACUAUAUCCUUCAGAUAAUCCAAGAUGACAAAGGGUCAGACUGCCAUGUGUUUCGUAAAUGGGGUCGAGUAGGGAAUGAGAAAAUUGGAGGAAUCAAACUUGACGAGAUGUCAAAAUCAGAUGCAAUCUGUGAAUUUAAACGUUUAUUCCUUGAGAAGACUGGAAAUUCAUGGGAAGCAUGGGAACAAAAGUCAAACUUUCAGAAGAAACCUGGCAAAUUCUUCCCAUUGGAUAUUGAUUAUGGAGUUAACAAGCAGCUUACAACCAAAAAUAGGAGUAGUGCAGACAGCCAGCUUGCUCCUCCCCUGAUGGAAUUGAUGAAGAUGCUCUUUAACGUAGAAGCAUACAGAGCUGCAAUGAUGGAAUUUGAGAUUAAUAUGUCAGAAAUGCCACUUGGAAAAUUGAGCAAAAGUAAUAUUCAAAAGGGUUUUGAGGCAUUGACAGAGAUCCAGAAUUUAUUAAACAACAAUACUUAUGAUCCUUCCAUCAAAGAGAGCUUGAUGGUUGACGCCAGCAAUAGAUUUUUCACUGUGAUCCCUUCUAUUCACCCACACAUUAUUAGAGAUGAAGAUGAUUUUAAGUCAAAGGUGAAAAUGUUAGAAGCUCUCCAGGAUAUUGAGAUAGCUUCCAGAUUAGUAGGUUUUGAUGCUGAUACCGAUGAGUCCUUUGAUGAUAAGUAUAGGAAGCUCCGAUGUGACAUAAAUCCACUUCCUCAUGAUAGUGAAGAUUACCAGUUGAUCGAGAAGUAUCUCAAUAUAACCCAUGCUCCCACCCAUACGGAUUGGAGUCUUGAACUGGAAGAAGUUUUUUCGUUAGAAAGAGAAGGGGAAAUUGAUAAGUUUGCUCCCUAUAGAAAAAAGCUUAAGAAUAGAAUGCUACUCUGGCAUGGUUCCCGGUUGACCAACUUUGUGGGAAUACUUAGCCAAGGACUAAGAAUAGCUCCUCCUGAAGCUCCAGCUACCGGUUAUAUGUUUGGGAAAGGAAUUUACUUUGCCGACCUGGUCAGUAAGAGUGCUCAGUAUUGCUUUACGGAUAAGAAAAAUCCAGUGGGAUUAAUGCUUCUUAGUGAAGUUGCCUUGGGAGAGGUCUAUGAGUUGAAGAAUGCCAUGUACAUGGAUAAACCUCCUCAAGGAAAGCACUCCACAAAAGGUCUUGGCAAGAAAGUACCUCAGGAAUCAGAAUUUGUGAAGUGGAGGAAUGAUGUCACUGUUCCUUGUGGUAAACCAGUGCCAUCAAAAGUGAAAGCCUCCGAGCUGAUGUAUAAUGAGUACAUUGUCUAUAGUACUGCUCAGGUUAAGAUGCAGUUCUUGUUGAAGGUGAGAUUUCAUCAUAAGAGGUGAUUGAGAAAGGUUAUUUCAUUUUUGUUUACCAAUUCGGGAAUAGAAAUGGCCUGCAAUUCUCUAUGCAAGUAGAUCUCAUUUUGAAACCCAAUAUGUAUUCCAUAAAUGGUUCGUUUCAAGACUAGAAAAGGUCUUAUUUUGGGGUUUGCUGGAGAUCAAACAACUUGGCUUUGUCUUUUGUAAAUAGUAUGUUCCUGAGUGUUGGCAUGGCCAAAAGUUUGUAGUAAUGAUAGUUUCAGCUUUAAUAUUAUGCACUCAUUGGUUUUAUGGGCCCUAUCUAUUUCUAUCAAUGGAUUUCGCCUCCC